UUUGGACAUAUGUGGCUCUUCGUUAAAACGGUGACGAUAUAUGCAAGUAGCCCUUUUGUGUUGUUUCUGCUGGAUCACUCUCCAACCAUAUUGUAUUCGAUUCUUUCUCUCAAAGGUGUUCCGCGGUCCUUCAGUGGCCGUCACUUCAUCUUUUCCUUCCCCUAUCCUCCCAACGCCUCCUCCGUCAGACCAUACCUGAUCGCAACAGCCCAGACACCAGACGUACAAACUGAAGUCCGCUUUGAGCUUCCCGCUCUUGGAUGUUCACAACUAACAAUGCUCGGCUACCGCGAGGUGGCGCUGUUUAAUAUACCCCUGGAGAAAACCCGCAGACCCCCUGAUGAAUUAGGGUCCCGAUCUGGAUUACGUGUAGAGCGUCCCAACGAUACUGUGAUUGUUCAAGCAAACCAUUCCAUCACCCUGCAAUGCGGGACUGCUAACCACGCAGACCGCUUUCUGGUUUUUCCAAGCGAUGCCUUGGGCGUGGAGUAUCUCGUAGCCUCCUCUCCGGUUUCAAGAUCGCAUCAGUUCACCGUUUCGACUACGCGGGACGACACAAAAGUCAACAUCACCACAAGAGUUCCUGUGUUUGUCAACGGAGCUGACAUUAAAGAAGGGCACAUCGAACUGGAACUGGACAUACACGGUUCUAUCCACGUUUCCAGCUUGACAGAUUUGACUGGGGUGCGCGUGACAUCCAACUAUCCCUUAUCGGUCGUGUCUGGCAGCCAACUCGACGAGAGCGUACUGGCUCAGCAGUUACCUCCGGUAAAGCAGUGGGGACGAAAAUUCAUCCUGGCACGGUCGGGUUACCUGGCGUCAUCUGUGCUGAUCUACAGGAUCGUCGUGCCGCAGCCAAACACAACUCUCUCGAUAUCGUCGAGCAGUGUCGCGAUCGACGUACGGACUGGCGAUACUGGGGCGACUUGGUACGAUCACAGCGUGCAGACUGAGGGUGGGCUCGACACGCUUUCCUCUGAUAAAGCAGUGAUGGUCGUGAGAUACACCUUGGCGACGGCCCUUCUGAUCACACCAGUUGAGCUGUACACCAACGAUGAUUCGUUUGAACUAAUGACUAGCAAGCUGCCGGAGCCGGUAUCAAUCGUGUUGAAUGUUGCCUAUCUGUGCGGGCAAGAGCACAACCUAAGCAUCAGGAACGACGGUGACCUGCGUCCCUUUCGUAACAUGAGUUUGAGCAGUCUCAACGAAGCCUUGUGCAUCAAAGCUCUUGCGUUCAGGCACAAUUCUGGGGAUGGUAACCAGACUAUGCACAUCAGGGGACAGUUGUCCACCGCCACAUUCGUCUGGGUGGACACGGGCGAUGCCGAGAUAGCGGGGUCCUACCGUGUAGCGGCCACGAUGCAGUUCAAUCAACCAGCGAAUCAACCUAUUGAUUCCUGCCCUGUUAUCGUCAGCUCGGAGGUGCCUUCUAUUACCGGCAUGACCACACCUUCUCCGGGAGAAGUAUACACCAGCAAACAGCCCACCAGGACUCUGCGGCCCAACAGGUCUGACGAUGCCGCGGUCAUUGUCCCCCUCUGUGUGUCGGUAGCCGUCGUCCUAGCGAUCAUCGCCGGCCUCUGCUACUUCAUGAAAAAGAACAAGAUGUUCCCGGUUUGCCAGUGUAAGACACGGCGCGCCUACGACGUCUCAAAUGCCGGCCCCGCAGACCAGACGACCAGACGCAAGGCAGCACCCUCUCCCGAAGUAAUCCCGCUGCAAAACCGGUACUCGGUGUCCCUGCCUGAUUUGCGUCCGAUGAUAGCGAGCAGGGAACAUUACCCCAGCGGCCAGCAUGCCCGGUUCCUCCACAUGCGGCUGGCUCCGAUCGCCGAGAACGAAGUCAACUUGAACACUGGCGCGCCGGCCAACUGCGACGCCCGCAUGGUUCGGCACAACACCUUCCAACAACCGGUGGGGCAUACCUACUUCAGCUUCAACCAACAACCGGGGGUAGACCAUCGGCCUCCCCCAGACCCUACCAACCAGGUCCGCCAGCCGCCUAACCACGGGAUACCGGAGAUCUACACCGAUAACAUGCAGGCCACCGACAGGUCAGCCACGGGCCAGUUUGCCUCAAUCGGGAGGCGUCGACCUUCGUCGGCCAAACCUAUCCCCGUCCAACUUGUCUUCAACAAGCCGGAAAUCGAAAGCCAAUAAAUGGAAAAAUUCAUAAUGGUGUAGAAUUGCAAGCUCAUAUUAAUAGAUAUAGCAUUGUUUUAUUUACCCAUCAUCGCUGCUAUAUCAGAUUUAACAUGGCCCUAAUAGCAGACAGGCAACUCCGAGAAGUAACGUUGCCAACACCUGCCCAGUCGCCGCAGAAUCGACGGAAAGAGGGAAGGGGGAGGAUUAUUAAUAGGUGGCGCUGUGCAAUGCGGGUGGUGACUGUUUCCCGGCCCCCUUAAUGGGAACCGGUAGCUAGCCAUUGAUUAGAUCACCUCUGCGUGCGCAUCAUCAUGCUUUAUUUUCAAAUCGCUGUUUAGCUCUGUGCAUGGACGGUGAUUCAACCACGAUAUUAAAAAAAACUCACCCCUGUCUUACUACAAAAUGUGCGCAAAAUCAUAAGUGUCUCCAUGAAGAAAACUUUCAAGCAUUUCAACUGCAUAUGUUUUAUAUACUGAACAGUAAUUUCUUGAAAUAUUUGCCAGAGACACUUUCGAAUUCAGCAAAAAUCGAAGCUCAUCACUUCCGAAAUUCGUGGCGCGGCUAUUGUCAUUUUUUGCGAUAGGCUGGUUCGGGCAAACGUUACCUUUGUGAUUUUCAAUUCAGGAGGCGGGAUUCAGACCUAUACACGUAAUGCAUAUCAUUUACAUACAUCAGGAGGGAUGCCUCCUGAUGUAUGCAAGAUUCACCGCUAGCUACCUGUCCCGUUAUUUGAAGCCCUAAGAACAAUGGCGACAGGGAACCAGACUAUGCGGGUGGUAUACUGGACACCAUCUAGCACUAGAUGGCGCUAUUUGUAACGACUCAUUACCGACACUUUUAGACAUGAUUUUGCCAAAAAGGUGGUGUCAAACCCAAAACCCCUCCUUCCUCCCCUAGCGUCUCCCGUGAGUUCCUCGUGAGUACGUAUGUCCGUAAUUAAUUAUUUUUUUUCGGAAGCUUGAGGCCUGCGCUGAAUGAUGCAGUGCCGAACAAUGAAAUAAUGUCAGUGAAGGACAAAACGACAAGUUUUAAAGCAACAUUCACAUCUUUCCUCCUCAAAUAAUAAUCAAAAGUCAAACAUGUUGAGGUUACAAUGAUGAUUUAUACACGGUAAAAUAGUAUUCUAUUUUGCACUCUUGUAUACGUGUAUUUAUUUAUUCAUUGUAAGUAAUGUAUUGACAUAGUAACAGUAAAGGUAUUAUGUAUCGCAUUUUGCAUGUAGCUCUUAUUGUACCUGGAGAAUGUCUUAAAGAAAUUGUGUACCGUU